AUGGCGACCGACGCAACAUCGCAACCCAGCGAAUUCGAGCAGCGACGCGCCACGCUCGUGGGUGAGAUCGGCGAGUCGCUAGAACAAGUUCUCGUACAGAUCAACGCGUUGAAUCGGAGUUUGGAGGGGAUUAUUGAGAUUGGUAAUGAGUUCUCGUCGGUCGAGGCGCUGUGGAGCCAGUUCGAGAGCGUGAUGGGGCGAGAUGAAGAGGGUGGUCCAGCGACAGGCACGACGGGUGGUGCUACUACGAAGGCUGAUGCAGGGGACGCCGGACACGGCGGCGGUGCCAGUUGA